AAACGGCUUUCAACACAGACACACCUGUAUCUAAACAAUUCAGAACAGCGUAGCAGAACAGAACAACAAAGUAUCUUCCAGCGUUAUAUUUGAAUAACAAAACGUCAAGGUGCAAGAUUUAGCUAAAUUUAAGCGGAACCUUGAACUUUCGCUGUUCAUAAAACUUCAGAGGACAGACUGUACCAUUUGAACGCGCUAGAGGGGCGUGUCGUACAACUCCAAGCCACACAAGUCCCUCCUCUGUGUGGAUCCUGGAAGAGAUUUGGGGAUAUAAAAUGAAGGAACUCUGGCAUUUUGCACUUUUGAGUUCAUAUCAUGAACGUCAUCAGCUUCAUGCCACAUUAAUUAGACUCAUAGUGUAUUCUAAUCACUCGAAAACAAGCGAGAGCGUUUGUGUCUCACUGCAACCUCAAAAUAAUUCCUCACCCGGUCUCUUUGGCACUUCUGCCUGUAGCGCGAACCUCACAGCGCAGCCAUGGCCGGCGACGAUCAGAGGGCGCUACAGUAUGAACAAACUUUGAUGUAUGGUCGCUACACACAGGAGCUGGGGGUGUAUGCUAAAGAAGAGGCAGCUCGCCUGAGGGAAGAGGGGGGGCGGAGGCGCUCGGUCACAGAACGCUCACGCUCCCUGGAACUCCUUGAGUACGACAAGGGCCGCUGCGCCAAGUGUCGCAUCUGUACGUUGCGCUGUCAGAAGUUCCUCAUCUCUCGUGUUGGUGAAGACUGGAUCUUCCUCAUCCUCCUCGGUCUACUCAUGGCUCUGGUCAGCUGGGUGGUCGACUUCGCUAUCGCCAUCUGUCUACAAGCACAGAAGUGGAUGUAUGGAGGCCUGGAGAGUAAUGUGUUUCUCCAGUACCUGGCCUGGGUCACCUACCCUGUGGUGCUCAUCACCUUCUCAGCUGGCUUCACACAGAUACUGGCCCCACAGGCCGUAGGUUCAGGUAUCCCAGAGAUGAAGACCAUUCUGAGGGGUGUAGUGCUGAAAGAAUACCUCACCUUUAAAACCUUUGUGGCCAAAGUGAUCGGCCUCACCUGUGCCCUGGGCAGUGGCAUGCCUCUGGGAAAGGAGGGUCCGUUUGUUCACAUUGCCAGUCUGUGUGCUGCACUCCUCAGCAAGUUCAUGUCUCUGUUUGGUGGAAUCUACGAGAAUGAGUCGAGGAACAUUGAGAUGUUGGCAGCUGCUUGUGCUGUGGGGGUCGGCUGCUGUUUCGCUGCCCCUAUUGGAGGUGUGCUGUUCAGUAUUGAGGUAACAUCUACGUUCUUUGCGGUGAGGAAUUACUGGAGAGGGUUCUUCGCUGCUACCUUCAGUGCCUUCAUCUUCAGAGUCCUGGCUGUGUGGAAUAAAGACGAGGAGACCAUCACAGCUCUGUUUAAAACCCGUUUCCGUCUGGACUUCCCCUUUGACCUCCAGGAGCUCCCAGCCUUCGCUGUCAUUGGUAUUGCCAGUGGUUUUGGCGGGGCGUUGUUUGUCUACCUGAACAGACUGAUAGUCCAGUUCAUCAGGAAACAGAAGACCAUCAACAAGUUCCUCAUGAAGAAGCGUCUGCUGUACCCAGCCCUGGUCACUCUGCUGGUGUCUACGCUAACCUUUCCCCCCGGCUUCGGACAGUUCAUGGCAGGAAAGCUGACCCAGAAGGAGUCCUUGGUGACGUUGCUAGACAACCGGACAUGGGCCAAGCAGGGCAUAGCCGAGGGGUUUGACUACAUCGGCAACUCCCAGGCCUGGAAUCACCCCCAGGUCAAUGUCUUUGUCACCCUCGUCCUCUUCAUCGUAAUGAAGUUUUGGAUGUCUGCUCUGGCCACCACCAUUCCUGUGCCAUGUGGAGCCUUCAUGCCCGUCUUCGUCAUUGGGGCAGCGUUUGGCCGUCUGGUCGGGGAGAGCAUGGCCGCCUGGUUCCCUGAUGGCAUCCACUCUGAUGGCACCAUCUACCCCAUAGUGCCAGGAGGGUACGCCGUCGUGGGUGCGGCAGCCCUGUCUGGAGCGGUGACCCACACGGUGUCGACAGCGGUCAUUGUGUUUGAGCUGACGGGUCAGAUCAGCCACAUCCUGCCGGUGAUGAUAGCGGUAAUACUGGCCAACGCCGUGGCCCAGUCCCUCCAGCCCUCGCUAUAUGACUCCAUCAUCAGGAUCAAGAAACUACCCUACCUCCCUGAGCUGGGCUGGGGUCACCACGAGAAGUAUAAUAUUCGUGUGGAGGACAUCAUGAUCAGGGAUGUGACCUACAUCACCCUCAACUGCUGCUACAGAGACCUGCAUGAUGUACUGCUGGCUGGACACCUCAAGACCCUGGCCCUGCUCGAGUCCAGUGAGUCGAUGAUCCUGCUGGGUUCUAUUGAGCGUGCCCAGCUCCAAGCCCUCCUGUCCCUACAGCUGGGCCGGCCACGGAGGCUGGAGUACCUGAGAGACCGGGCUACUGCUGAGAAGAAGCGCCUGUCGAUGGUCUCCCAUCCGGGCAGUGAGGACGGCUCCCAGAGGGUUAACCAGGAGGUCCGGUUCCAGAUCUCGACAGAGGAGUCUACCUUCAGUCCCACCCCUACCCCCUCUAUGAAGCCACUGAAGCCGGCCCUGAAGAGACCCUCUGUGGUGGACCGCCCCACUGGGAUACCCAUACCCACAAGUCCACAGGACCACUCUAGCAGCACCUUAAAGAAUCUCUUCUGUGUCAACCCUGAGACAGAAGGCCUGGAGAACAAGAAUGUCAACAUCAACAUAGAGGGCACUGCGACUCCUGAGUUUAGGAGGCCACCCAAGCGUGUCAGGAUAUCCGUCGUGGAUGACUUGGAUGUGGAUGAUGACAUGACCAUCAGAGAGAUUGCAGAGUGGGAGGAGAACCAGCUUGACGAGCAGGUGAACUUUGACAACUGCAAGAUCGACCCCGCCCCCUUCCAACUGGUGGAGCGCACCUCACUACAUAAGACCCACACAAUCUUCUCUCUGCUUGGGUUGGACCAUGCCUAUGUCACCAGCAUCGGACGACUCAUUGGAGUGGUGUCCCUCAAAGAGCUGCGGAAGGCCAUCGAGGGUUCUGUGGCGGUGAAGGGGGUGAAGGUGCGCCCCCCUCUCUCCAGUUUCCGGGACAGCGGCACCAGCGGCACCAGCAGCAGCAAUAGUGAGAACGAAGCCACAGAGCUCCACAAGCUGUGGGACCGCCACAAGUCCAUGUCCCUCCCCCGGGAGCACCUGGCCUCCGACUCUGACGAGAAGUCCCAGUGAGGGGGAUGGGGACAGGGGGAUGAGGACAGGGGGAUGGGGACAGGGG